GCUGGGCUUCGGCGUCUGCGUCGCUCCCGCGCUGGGGCGCUAGGCCGGCCUCCUCCGCGGGCCGCGGGCUGCUGUGCCGGCGGCGAAGGGCCGCCCGCCGCGCGGCGUCGGCUGUGGCGUUGCAGUCAUUGUGCGGUGCCAGUGACGCCGGUAGUGGUUUCCGCGACAGCGGGUGCGGCUGCCUCCGCCCGGCCCGGGCUCCGGGCCGCCUGGAGGGUCUGCGCAGCGCCCACCCGUUCUCCAGCACCCCCCGCCGGCAGCGACCCUGAGCCGACACCCGGGGCGAGCAGCCAUGGCGGCGUCGACGGCCUCCCACCGGCCCAUCAAGGGAAUCCUGAAGAACAAGACCUCUGCGGCUUCCCCGGUGGUGUCCUCGGCCGAACAUCCCAGCCGGAGCGUCGAAGAGGAGCUGAGUAAAAAGUCCCAGAAGUGGGAUGAAAUGAAUAUCCUGGCAACAUAUCAUCCAGCUGACAAAGACUAUGGUUUGAUGAAAAUAGAUGAGCCAAACACUCCUUACCACAAUAUGCUGGGUGAUGAUGAAGAGGCCUAUAGUGAUUCGGAAGGCAACGAAGUCUUGACUCCAGAUGUUUUAGCUAAGAAAUUAGCUGCUGCUGAAGGAUCAGAGCCAAAGUAUCGGACUCGGGAACAAGAAAGCAGUGGAGAGGAAGAUAAUGACCUCUCCCCUGAAGAGCGAGAAAAGAAGCGGCAGUUUGAAAUGAAAAGGAAGCUCCACUACAACGAAGGACUGAAUAUCAAAUUAGCCAGACAGUUAAUUUCAAAAGAGCUACAUGAUGACGAUGACGAAGAUGAAGAAAUGUCAGAGGCUGCAGAUGGAGGCAGCAUGAAUAUCGAAGCGUCAGAUCAAGGAUCUACAGCAAGUGGUCAUCUGCAACACGAAUCACAGAGUUCAUAAAAGAAAUGUGUUCAGCAAUGCAGUCGUUUGUCAAAUACAAACCUUGUUACUAUAAACGCUGCUUCUUGUUCUCUACAAUUCGUGACUUACCAAAAUACACACCAGUUAUAUAUUGCCAAGAAUUAAGUGAUAACCAUAGAGACUGAUUAGAUGGAAAAUGCCUAAUUAUGCAUAUAUUCUUGUGCCUCAUACUUCACCACAAAUACAGUGUAAUGUCAUUAGCCCAAAACUGCUUUACUUUUGUAAGAACACUGGUUAAUUUGUAUAAGAUAUUAUUAUAUAGCUUUUUAUGCUUUAGAGAUUGUCAUUGGGGGAAACUAAUUUAUUUUUGUCACUUCUAUAUGGUGGUACCUCUUUUAAAAUGUUUGGGCGGGUAGUUUGAUGUUUCUUUUAAUCAAAAGCCUAUUCAUACAGUGGGAUAUAUAGAUGGAUAAAUAUUUAGGGUGAGAGAUAUUUUUCAACAUUUAUCUUUAGCUUGUUUUGGCUAAUUGAGAAGGCUUCUAAGAAUUACUGUUCAUUUUCUAAUCUGACCUUUAAAAGUCCUGUUGCUUUUCUUUGUGCUUGAAAGGAAAGGAAUGAAUUUUUUUCAUCCACACUGGUUUCCCCCAUUCCCACCCACACUCAAAUAAAUUACCAGGUUAAAGUUGCACUGA